UCUUUCCCUUAGUUCUCUUCCUUGAAACCAAAACAGGAUUCCCUUUCCUCCCACUCUGAAGAAGGAGAUGGAGAAGGCAGUCAGAACUCCAGGGGAUGGGUCACCUCCCCCCCAUUAGGAAUAGAAAUUAAAAUGUGUGAAAUGUGGACUAUGUUCAUUGAAUGAGCACACAUAGUUCACAUCAACGACCUCCAACAGGGGAGAAACCAUUUAAAGGUAUGGAGUGUGGGAAACGUUUCACUGAUAGUGGAAACCUUAGAACACAUCAACGGACUCACACAGGGGAGAAACCAUUUAAAUGCCUGGAGUGCGGAAAGACCUUUACUGGUAAUGGAAACCUUAGAAGACAUCAACGGACUCACACAGGGGAGAAACCAUAUAAAUGCCUGGAGUGCGGAAUGUGCUUCAGUGAGAAUGGAGACCUUAAAUUACACCAGCGGAUUCACACAGGGGAGAAACCAUAUAAAUGUAUAGAGUGCGGAAUGAGCUUCAGUCAGAAUGGAAGCCUUAGAAGACAUCAACGGACUCACACAGGGGAGAAACCAUAUAAAUGUAUAGAGUGCGGAAUGAGCUUUAGUGAGAAUGGAAGCCUUAGAAGACAUCAACGGACUCACACAGGGGAGAAACCAUUUAAAUGCCUGGAGUGCGGAAAGACCUUUACUGGUAAUGGAAACCUUAGAACACAUCAACGGACUCACACAGGGGAGAAACCAUUUAAAUGCCUGGAGUGCGGAAAGUGCUUCAGUCGUAAUGGAGACCUUAAAUUACACCAGUGGAUUCACACAGGGGUGAAACCAUAUAAAUGUAUAGAGUGCGGAAUGAGCUUCGGUGAUAAUGGAAGCCUUAGAACACAUCAACGGACUCACACAGGGGAGAAACCAUAUAAAUGUAUAGAGUGCGGAAUGAGCUUUAGUGCUAAUGGAAGCCUUAGAAGACAUCAAUGGACUCACACAGGGGAGAAACCAUAUAAAUGUAUAGAGUGUGGAAAGAGCUUUAGUGAUAAUGGAAGCCUUAGAAGACAUCAACGGACUCACACAGGGGAGAAACCAUAUAAAUGUAUAGAGUGUGGAAAGAGCUUUAGUGAUAAUAGAAACCUUAGAGGACAUCAACGGACUCACACAGGGGAGAAACCAUUUAAAUGCCUGGAGUGUGGAAAGUGCUUCAGUAGUAAUGGAUACUUUAAAUUACACCAGCGGACUCACACAGGGGAGAAACCAUAUAAAUGUAUAGAGUGCGGAAUGAGCUUUAGUGAUAAUGGAAGCCUUAGAACACAUCAACGGACUCACACAGGGGAGAAACCAUAUAAAUGUAUAGAGUGCGGAAUGAGCUUUAGUGAUAAUGGAAGCCUUAGAAGACAUCAACGGACUCACACAGGGGAGAAACCAUAUAAAUGUAUAGAGUGCGGAAUGAGCUUUAGUGAUAAUGGAAGCCUUAGAACACAUCAACGGACUCACACAGGGGAGAAACCAUAUAAAUGUAUAGAGUGCGGAAUGAGCUUUAGUGAUAAUGGAAGCCUUAGAAGACAUCAACGGACUCACACAGGGGAGAAACCAUAUAAAUGUAUAGAGUGUGGAAAGAGCUUUAGUGUUAAUGGAAGCCUUAGAAGACAUCAACGGACUCACACAGGGGAGAAACCAUAUAAAUGUAUAGAGUGCGGAAUGAGCUUUAGUGAUAAUGGAAACCUUAGAACACAUCAACGGACUCACACAGGGGAGAAGCCAUUUAAAUGCAUGGAGUGUGAAAAGAGCUUCAGUCACAGUGGAACCCUUAGAAGACAUCAGCAGACACACAGCGGAGAAACCAUUUAAAUGUAUGCACUGUGGAAGGAGCUUCCGUCAGAGUGGAACCCUUGAUUUAUGUCAACAAACUCACACAAAACACAAACCUUAU